AUGAUUGAUACUAGAGGGGGACUUGCAACCUGGGAGCAGUUUAAGGAGUGUUUUUACGAAAAAUAUUUUUCAGUCAACACCAUAUACAACAAGCAGGCAGAGUUCUUGAAUUUGAAACAGAGAGUUAUGUCAGUAGAGGAAUAUGAGCAGGAAUUUGAUAAAUUGUCCCACUUUUUCCUUGAGCUGGUAGCCACCAAGGCAACGAGGACAGAAAGCUUCGUUCAAGGCUUGAGAAGCGGAUUACGAGGUAUGGUUCAUGCUCUUGACCUUAAAACCUAUGCUACAGUACUGCGGACCACCGUGAGGAUUGAUAUUGACUCCCAGGAGGGAGAAGAGUACAACAAGUUGUUCGGAAUUAGGGCCUCUACGGGGCAGAAAAGAAAAGCAGACCAGAAGGCUUCUGAGUCUCAGCAAAGGAAACUUGUAACUAUUAAAGAGGAAAAGUCAAUCUGUAACUCAUGCGGAAAGUGUCACUAG